AUGGACCACGAGUUUAACUUCGCGGCCGCGCGGAUAAUUGCCCACGCCGGCAACAGGACAGGGCGAGAACGAAUUGAAGCCUGGGCUUCGGAUGACAACUCAGACAACCGAUGUGUGGGCUGGCACCCGCAUACAUCGCCCUCUGCAGGCAUAUCCGCACGGCUGACACUGAUCUGUCCCAUCUGCAAUGAAGUCAUGUCACAGCGCAGACGGUGGGUGCUGGAAGUGCAUUUGCGUGAGAAUCAUCCAGGCAUUUCGGCGGAGUCCGUUCUCGGUCCAUCUCCCCUCUCGCAGCGAAAUGUCAAGCGAUCUGCCACCACUGGCGCCAAAACACCCGGUCCG